GGGGGCCGCCCGGCCCCGCCGUGAGGCCGCGGGAGCUGCUUCCGCAGCGCGGUACUGGCGGUCUUUGCCCUGGCGGUCCCGGUAACGGGCGCGUUCCGCCGCUGCCGGGGUGGGAGGGCUCAGGCGGCCCGCGGAAGAGGCCCGCUCUGUUGGCGGGGCGGGGCGGGGCGGUGUCCCGCGGCUGGACGGAGGCCUGCCCCCCAGGGGACGCGGCGGCGGCCUGGCCCGGCGGCUGGGCGGGCCUGCGGCGGGGGCCGGGGCUCGCGGCCGGCCGCUGGCGGGGGUGCUCGUCCUGGCUGUGCCGGCCGGCGGCGGGGCGGGGACCUCGGGGGCCCUGCGGGCGGAGUUCUUCCGGUCCCGCCCGCAGCAGCGCGGCCUCCCCGCUCCCGCCCGGCCGGGCGGCUGCCUGGUCUACCGGAGCAGGCAGAGCUGGGUCUGCGGUGGGUAGCUGUGCCGCCAGCCUGGAAGCUGCCCGGUCCGUGGGUGUGAACUCGGGGAGCCUUUUGCAGCUCCUGCUAUGGACCAGCAGUCCGCUGUCCUCUGCACUGUCUCAGCAUAACGGACAAUGUCCCCAAUGUGCAGAACUUACUGUCUGAGCAGAAGACACAAGGGAGGACCUCAGGACCUACAAAGCUUGCAAGCUGACCAGAAGACACAGCGUGAAAGGUAAAUGGAAGAUUUGGAGGCUAACUUAAUCCAGACACGCAAAGCAUGUAGAAUAGAGCAAGUGGUAGCAAAAUGGCUUCAUCGCUCUCGGGACGGUGCAUCCAGGGGCAGAGUGUCUGUGACAGACAGCACCAGUGAUGGCAGUGGCCAGCCUGCCAGCCGUGUCAAACUUACUGUCACAGUAUACAAAGAUUUGAUCCUCCAUCACUAUGGCUUUGAAAUCUGUCCAAACCUUCCUCUUACGAUUGCAUCUGUCACUGCAGGGAGCACUGCCGAAGGGAAGCUGCAGCCAGGCGACCAGCUCCUCAGGAUAAACUCUACCGCAGUGGAUGACAUGUCUGUCGAACGAGCGGCUGACAUCAUCAGGGAGGCUGGUGACGAGCUCCUCCUAACUGUCCUGCGCUGCACGUCGGGUGGGCCUAAGUCAUCGUUUCUUACUGCAGAGAAGAGGGCAAGGCUAAAAACAAACCCUGUGAAAGUACGGUUUGCAGAGGAAGUGCUGGUGAAUGGACACACGCAGGGGAAUUCUCUUCUCUGUAUGCCCAAUGUUCUCAAGGUAUACUUGGAAAAUGGACAGACGAAGGCUUUCAGGUUUGAGACAAGCACUACAGUGAAGGACAUUGUUCUCACCUUGAAGGAGAAGCUCUCCAUCCAAAGCAUUGUGCACUUUGCCCUUGCUCUGGAGGAGCAGUACAACAUGGCAAAGAUCCACCUGCUGCAUGAGGAGGAGCUCAUUGAGCAGGUGGUCCAAAAACGAGAAUGUCAUGACUACCGGUGCCUCUUCAGAGUCUGCUUUGUCCCAAAGGAUCCCUUAGACCUCCUGCAGGAAGACCCAAUUGCCUUUGAGUAUCUCUACCUGCAGAGCUGCAGCGACGUACUUCAUGAAAGAUUUGCUGUGGAAAUGAAAUGCAGUGUGGCAUUACGUCUAGCUGCUCUACACAUACAGGAGAGGAUCUAUGCUUGUGCUCAGCCACAGAAAGUAUCCUUGAAAUACAUUGAGAGGGACUGGGGAAUCGAAAACUUCAUCUCACCAACUUUGCUUCGAAACAUGAGUGGGAAGGACAUCAAGAAAGCCAUCAGCUACCACAUGAAGCGUAACCAGGUGCUACUGGACCCUCGGCAGAAGCAUAUGCUCGCAGCAGUUCAAGUGCGCCUGAGCUACCUGCAAAUACUGGGAGACCUAAAGAUGUACAAUGGGAAGAUCUUUAAUGCCACCCUGAUGCUACAGGACAGAGAAUCAUAUGUUGCCUUGCUGGUGGGUGCCAAGUAUGGGGUGAGCCAGAUUAUCAAUAAUAAGCUCAACAUCAUAACAAGUCUGGCGGAGUUUGCAAACAUCAGCAGGGUGGAGCUUACAGAGGAGUCUGAAAAAGUGAGCAUGGUGAAAAUCUACCUGCAGGAUCUGAAGCUGCUGACUCUGCUGCUGGAAUCAAACAGUGCAAAAGAUCUUGUCUGCCUCAUCAUUGGCUAUUACAGACUGUUCGUGGAUGCAAAUAUCUCCAUAUUUACCUGGGGAGAGAAAAAACAGCAACUGCAUCGUGUCUCAGCUGAAGAAGGCUACGAAUCUCGAACUUGCAGUGAUUCUGAAGACUCCUGGGAGCUGGAUUCCUCCUCAGAGCAUUGCGUGGAUGCUCCUUUAGCAUACAGCAGCACCCAGUGGAAGGAGGAGGAGCUGGGAGAGCUCCACAGUCUGGAGAAGGACAGCACAAAGCCCCAAGCUGGAGGAGGUGACCAGUGUGGUGGGGGUGACAAUGCAACAGACAGCGCAUCCGAGACUUCAGAUUCAGCCAACACCGAGAGCCGAGGGUUUAAGACAAGUGGCUCCAGUGACUCUAUGGACGCACUGGAGGAAGAUGAGUUGGAAGCUUGCUCUUCCUCCAGGCCGGAGUUCUUCCACUUCUACACACCAACAGUGCAGGAGAUGAGCAGCUCAUACAAGAGCUUCCCCAUUCAUGCUGCAGGAGGCUCCAGCAGGGCCGAAACCAGAGACUACUUCUGUUUCUUGCAGGUGCCACAUGCAGAGGAGCCUGGGUGUGAAGACGGACCCUCUGAGCAGAGAGGGGACGGCACUGGUGUGUCUGUGCUGGAGACCAAGCUGUCUGAGAAAAACGCCGUGGGCUAUUACAACCUGUGCUACAGCGUAUCCCCUGCAGGCAGCAUGGAGAGGAACAACAUCGGGGGCAGCCUUCAAAGAAGCCCUUGGGAAGAUGGGUUGGCCCAGGAAGAGGCACUGUGUGGAGCAGAAGGGAUGGCAGAGGCAAGCGACCUCAUUUUGGAGCCACCCCCGGGCUUUGGUGACACCAGCUCUGAGGAGGAGUUCUAUGAUGCUGCAGACAGGCUCAGCCCUCUGGAUGCCCUGGCAGGCUACAAUAUGAUGUCCCCAUCCCAAGAGGGUACAGACAACUCCUUCUGCACCCUGAAGAAACCAAGAUGUUACAGCUUGGAGGAGGACCUGAUGACAAGGCAGACAGCAAGGGAGAAGCACAGGAAGGAGAAGGAGCUGACAUACACCAAAAGCCUGAGGAAGAGGAGGUCUUUCUUGAAAACUGAUUACACCUCGCAGGUCACUUUCCCCUUGGCUUUGCCAGGCUCUCUGCAGAGCUGCUGCUCCUGGCCACCCUCCCCACCACGCCUUGCUCAGUGCCCUGCUCCACGCUCGUCAGAGGACAUCAAGAAGGAUGCAGCACUGGGGCUUCCUGCAGCCACCCAGGCCCGGAGAGAUGCUGCUAGCUCAAAUACAUCUUCUGACCUGAUGGAAAUGGAGCCUGACACCCUGGAAACAAAAUCACUGACUGACUCCGUGCUUUCUUCCAUUUCAGCUGUUCGCCUGCCAGGUGACCUGCACAGGGAGGAGAGUGCAGGUGUCACCACGCAUGUGGACGGUGGUCUCCAACCUGCACAUGCUGUACAUCCACCUUCCCUGUCCCUGGAGGAAGCUGUGCCCCUUCCUGGGGGACAAAGCAGAGCUGCUGAGGGAAGUUCCUCCAUGAAGGCAUGUACUGGGUGGCUGAGUGAGGAGAGCUGUGUGGCCACCGGCAGUUGGCUGGCCCAAGUGGCACUGGAGGAGGCGGGUGAGGUGGUGGCAGCCCAGCAUACAACUGGUGAUGUACCCCCAUUCCUGGGCCAAGAGGUAACCUGCCCUGCUAACGGACACAUGCUGCUGCCAUCAGCUCAUGGUCCCAGUGUGGCAUCUCCCCUUGAGGUUGCCCAGGACCAGGACCUCACAUCACCCAGCCCAUCUCAGGAAAGGGUAGAUAGCCCACGAGAGCUUUUGGCCUCUCAGAAGACCUGUGGGUGCCUGGGGGCUGAUGCUGUCAGAAAGGAGAUGCAAACAGCUCCAGCUGAAUCACCCUUUGAGAAAGAGUUGGUAAGCAGCCAGGAUGAAGCAGAGCCCAGAAAAGACAUGGGAAAUGGGGCUCACAAGCAGCUGCAGCCUGUUCAGACCCCUCUUCCUAAAGAACAGGCUGGUGAGGUGGGGAAGGACUCUCCUCUGACUCCAUCUCUAAGGCUUUCCGUCUCCUCAGGCCCAAUUCCCUUGGGCUCACUGGGGAAAAGAGCAGGAGAUCAUGGGGCUUCAAAACUCUGCUUUCUCUGCUUUAACUACAAGAAGGAUGAGCAGACCCCUUCUGACCCCAUCAUGACCAGGUCCUUGGCUUUUUCCACAGUGAAGAUGACCUCUCCACCACAGCUUGGGGUGGACAAGUGCAGCUGUCGGCUGUCCUAUAUCAGCUGCUUCCAUAGAGCUGAUGACAAGGGGGAACAUGAAACCACCAUCCCCACGUGCAGCACGUUUGUGGGGCCUCUCACCACACCACCAUCCAGCGGCUGCGGUCUUCCUGGGACCUCUCUGAGCGUUACCCCGGUCUCCAUUGGGAGGGAUGCAGCAUGGGAGGACCCUCAUGUCCAAGCCCUCAGCCAGCUGAAGGACCAAGCAAGAAUGAGCCCUGCAGAUUUCUCCUGCUUCCUAGCCUACACCACAGAGCUUCAGGAGGUCGUUGGGAAGCUCUCUGGGAAUGAAGCAACCCACCUGCAAGAUCAAUGUGCAGAGCAGGGUGCUGAAAGUAAGGGUGCCCUUGGAUUAGCCUCUCAGGAGCUGCUGUCCAGUUGCCAGGAGUUCCUGAAAACAGAGCAGUCCCUCCAAGAGCUGCAGGGGGCACUCAGGGUGACGUUUGACCACCUGGUCCAGCUAGCAGUGGCCUGCUUCCAGGUGACGCACUGCCAGCUGUGCAGGCAGAGGCAGCAGGAGCUCGGGGCCGCGCUUGUGGAUGUGGUGGGCACCUACCACCAGCUUGUGCAGGCCGUUCACCAGCAGCUUCACAGGCAAGGCUGCCCAGAUCUGGGUGCCAAGCUCCUCGCCCACCAACAUACAGCCUUUACAGCUGCCAUGUUUUGUCUCCUGCAGCAGUUCAGGGUACCCCCCUUGUCGUGACGGGGCGGUUCGGUGGCGCGCACACACACGCAUCGGGUGGGGAAGAGCCCAGCCGCGUUCCCUUCUCUACCCUAACAGGCUCUCCCCAUCAGGAUGUGUAGCAUCAAUAACGGUCACGGGACUUGUCCAUGCAUGUUGGCUUCGCUGCGCCAAGAGCUGCCCUGGCCGGGGGGUGGGCACAGGGCAGGGCAUCCUGCCCUCCAGCCUAGCUUCGUGGAAUUCUGCGUACACAAUCUGUAUGUAAGAGGCAAACUCA